GAGACUCACCUGAACAGAAAUGGAUGACGACAUUUCUGCCCUCGUUGUUGACAAUGGCUCUGGCAUGUGCAAGGCCGGAUUUGCCGGAGAUGAUGCCCCCCGUGCCGUGUUCCCAUCCAUCGUGGGUCGCCCCAGACAUCAGGGUGUGAUGGUUGGAAUGGGACAGAAGGACAGCUACGUGGGUGACGAGGCUCAGAGCAAGAGAGGCAUCCUGACUCUGAAGUACCCCAUCGAGCAUGGCAUCGUCACCAACUGGGACGAUAUGGAGAAGAUCUGGCAUCACACCUUCUACAAUGAGCUCCGUGUGGCUCCUGAGGAGCAUCCAGUCCUGCUGACUGAGGCUCCACUCAACCCCAAAGCCAACAGGGAGAAGAUGACACAGAUCAUGUUCGAGACCUUCAACUGUCCUGCCAUGUAUGUGGCUAUCCAGGCCGUCCUGUCACUGUACGCCUCCGGUCGUACCACAGGUAUCGUGAUGGACUCUGGUGAUGGUGUCAGCCACACUGUGCCCAUCUAUGAGGGUUACGCUCUGCCUCAUGCCAUCCUCCGUCUGGACCUGGCUGGCAGAGAUCUGACAGAUUACCUGAUGAAGAUCCUCACAGAGAGAGGCUACAGCUUCACCACCACCGCUGAGCGUGAGAUCGUGCGUGACAUUAAGGAGAAGCUCUGCUACGUGGCUCUGGACUUCGAGCAGGAGAUGCAGACGGCAGCUUCCUCUUCGUCCCUGGAGAAGAGCUACGAGCUUCCUGACGGUCAGGUCAUCACCAUCGGCAACGAGAGGUUCCGCUGCCCCGAGACCCUCUUCCAGCCUUCAUUCAUUGGAAUGGAGUCAGCCGGCAUCCACGAGACGACCUACAACAGCAUCAUGAAGUGUGACGUGGACAUCCGUAAAGAUCUGUACUCCAACACUGUGCUGUCCGGCGGCACCACCAUGUACCCCGGCAUUGCUGACCGCAUGCAGAAAGAGAUCACCGCUCUGGCCCCACCCACAAUGAAAAUCAAGAUCAUCGCUCCCCCAGAGAGGAAGUACUCUGUCUGGAUCGGCGGCUCCAUCCUGGCUUCCCUCUCCACCUUCCAGCAGAUGUGGAUCAGCAAGCAGGAGUAUGACGAGUCCGGCCCCGCCAUCGUCCACCGCAAGUGCUUCUAGAAAGAUCCACAUCAUCCUCCUCUGCUCCAGCGGACACACAGACAAGCUUUUCAACUGCUCCAUCCAACUAGAAAUGUCUCUGGUUUAUCUUGUAUGAACAGACUAAAAGAUGCAAGAUGCCACAUACAAGAUGAAUAAGCGUCUGUUUACAUUUUAAUGUUUCAGCUCAGCAGAUCUUCAGCACACCUGAACCUCCAAACAUUUCUGAACAUGUUACUCUUAACUGGGCUCACAGCUUCUGCUCCUCCUGGUGAUAAAACUACUGCUCAAACAAACAGUAUUAUCACUGAACAUCCUU